UGGAGGACUCGGCCAAGACCUUGUCUGGCAGCCUCGGCCUCAAGACGGGCGUGCUCAAGUGCUGGGACCCUACGGAGAGCGGGCGCAGCAUCGCCCAGCGGUUCAAGCUGAAGCUCUCCCCCCCGCUCACCUUCGUGGUUGCCAAUGCCAACAAACCGCGUGUCGUGAACAUGGUCGGGGUGUCCAAAGCGGAAGACCUGGAGAAGAAGUUGAAACCGGCACUCAAGGUGGACGUGUCGAAGAUCAGCACUCUGAAGAGCUGGUCCUCCCAGUGCACCUCUCGGCGGGCCUGCGUGGUGGUGGGCCACAAGUGGCCGGCCCAGAAGGACGCGGCCGUGACGCUGCUGAGGCCGCUGCUGGAGCGCCACCGCUCCGUCAAGGUGGUCACGCUAGACACCUCCUUCUGGCAGCUGAAGCUGGACGAUCCGGUGAUGGCCACCCGGCCAGCGAAGGAAAAAGGCCAGAAAAGCGCCGACGUCCUCUGCCUCGCCAGGAGGGAGGGGAACUUUUCCAGCAACGAGACGCACGUGGGCAGAUUUUUGGACGCCCUGGACGCCUCCUCCGCGAGUUCCCUCCUGGCCGCCUGCGCGAAGCAGGAAGGCCUGGUGCCCAUCACGGUGCCGCCCAGGAUAAAGACGCGGCCGUCGAAGCCGGCCAAGGUCGUGACGCCCGAGCCCUGGAGGCCGUCCGCGUCCCCGACGCCGAAGCCGCCGCCGCCGAAGAAGCCGGCUCGGGCCAACGUGGACGCCGUGGGCUCCCGGCAGAGGAUGGAGGAGGAGGACGAGGCGCUCUUCGAGGCCGUCGAGGAGGACGAGGGCGACGAGGGCGAUCAGGGCUCCGAGGACGGGGAGGAGGAGGCGGAGGCCGACGAGGGGCACGAGGUCGAGCUCUGAGCCCCGCGGCGAGGCCCGACAUAACCCUCCUUCUGCUCUCCCCUUCCUCUUUUUUUGUUUUUUCCUUUUUUUCCCCCCCCUGCACCAGCAGUCGCGCCCCUUGCCGACCCGCUCCCUGGGCGUGGCCGCGCUCGGGCGCGUCGGUUUGGAGGCUACUCGCUCGCGCGCGCGCGCAGGCGGAACAGGC